AUGAGACCGGCUCGAGGACGGUGUCGGGCAAAAGAGGGCGGAUCAAACGAAACGAAGUCGACCUUCGAGGCCUUCGAGGCGACACUUUCGGUAGCGAUAAUUCAUAAGAUGCCUCAAAAUGCAACAUUUACUCGACGUCGUCUGGGCUCGCGGAUAGACAAGUCUCGUGACUUGGACGCUCCGACAGCCGAAUGGGCAUCGCCACAGACGUCAUCAGAGCACGGAGCCUGUCUGCAGGAAAUCUUCCCCGAGCCCGAACACAAAACGACUGGACGGCCCCAGCUCUACGCGAUUAGUGAAGAGUGCCACUUUGCCUCAACCAACGCAUACUUCCUUCGCAUCUCACUCUCUCCUACUCUCGCUUGCUUUGAUCCUUCUCUUACUCCAACCACUUUUCUCCAUUCCCCUGCCAAUUUUAACCUCUCUCAAUUUUUCUUCCUAUCCUAUUUUCUCCUUUCUAUCUUUUUCAUUCUAUUUUUAUUUUCUUCUCUCCUUCAUCCUCCUCUCUCUUUCCUCUUUAUCCUUACUCCACUCCUCUCUCUUCUUCUCACGCUUAUCUUAGCUUUUACUUUCUCUCUCUCUACUCCUCUCCCACCCUCUCUUCAUAUCCCAAUCUCUCCUCCGUAUCCUUCUUCCUCUUUUCUACCUCUUCCUCUCUCCACAUCUCUCCCACUCUCGCUCGCUUUCCUCCCUCUCUCUCUCUCUUCCUAUCACUCUUUUUCCAUCUCUUCCUCUUCCACUCUCUCCUACUCUCACUUGCUUUGCUCCUUCUCUUUCUUCAACCACUUUUCUCCAUUCCCCUGCCAAUUUUUACCUCUCCCACUUUUUCUUCCUGUUCUACUUUCUCCUUUCUAUCUUUUUCCUUCUCUUUUUAUCUCCUUCUCUUCAUUAUCCACCUCUCUCUUUUCUCUUUAUCCUUACUCUACUCCUCUCUCUUCUUCUCACGUUUAUCUCAGCUUUUACAUUUUUACUCUCAACUCCGCACCCACCCUCUCUUGCUGCCUCUGCCUCUGCCUCCCUCUCCCUAUCUCUCUUACUUUAUCUCUCUAUCUCUCUCCCUCCUCCAUACCAUACCCCUCUCAAGGCCUAUCCAACGGCCGUAAGCCGUUUUCUUCCGAUUUCCUACACCACUUCCGGUUACUGGGCCUCUUGUGCUGCCAGUUCGGUAUCAGCAACUCACAGAAUUUUGAACAGCCAAAACUUUAA